UCAUUGUUUACGCACUCAGUUUACAGGAAGCUUGACAGAGGUUCGUAUUUGUCAGAUUGGAGGAAAGUUUGGAAACCUUUAUGUUUCUUAUUGCAGUAAAAAAAUAAUAAACAAUGUCUUACGGAUCCCGUUACAUAUAACUCUUCUGAAUUAUUUCAGGAACUUUAAAAGUUUUGUUCAAUGUUAGUAGACGGAUACAGAGGAGAAAAGCAAGAUCAUGCGGUCAAAGCAGCAGGUCCCGCGCCGCAACGAUCGCACAACAUUGUAAAGUUUUCCUCGGAUUUAAUACAGAAAACUAGGCUACAAAGUGCUUAUUUUCAGGCUUCCGCAGAAUGUGUUCUCCACAAAGCAGACAUCUGAUCUCUGUGAUCAGAAGAGGAUUUAGCAGAUCUGUCACGGGGUCUCUUCUGCUUUUGAGAGGUUCAUGCAUGUUGGUCAGAGUUGUCUUUGUUUCAGAGUUGAGCACCUCUGUCAGAACUCUACAGUAUGACCUGAAAAAAUCAGACAUCUCUAAGUCUGGCAAUAGGAAGUUAUUCUUUGACACUCAUGCAAUGGUCCAGCUGCUUGAGGAAAGCGGUUUCAUGACCCAGCAGGCAGAGGUCAUUGUCAAUAUGAUGGUGAACAUCACAAAUUCAAACAUGGACGUUAUGUACGGUGACAUGGCUACCAAGAUACAGCAGGAAAUCAUGUUACAGAAAGUCAUGUCUCAUAUCGCUGCAGUGAAAAAGGACAUGAUCAUUCUUGAGAAGAGUGAAUUCUCUGCAUUAUUGGCAGAGAAUGAGAAAAUCAAGGUUGAGCUAUCACAGCUAAAGUUACAACUCACUGAUGUGAUAAACAAAAGGCGCGCGGAUGCCAUUUUGGAUUUGAACAUAGAGAAAAGCCGUGUGAAGGAGAUGACGGCAAACUUUGACAGAAAACUUAUUGGGACCAGUAAUGAAUUGAUGGAAAUGCAUUCUGAGCAGGAUCGGCAUGUGACACAGACCAACAUGAAAAUUGACACAGAAGUGGCUGGCCUGAAGACUAUGCUGGAGGCGCAUAAACUAGAUACUAUCAAAUAUCUUGCAGGUUCAGUAUUCACGUGUCUCACAGUAGUACUUGGAUUCUAUCGGAUAUGGAUGUGAACAUUAGGAGACAUUGUCCUUCCUAAAAAAAAAUCUCAUCUCAUCAGCCUUUGGUCACAAGAAGAGCUGUGAUAUUCACGGCCAUCCUCCAGGAGCAAAUGUCUGUUUCUGCUUUAUUAAGAUAUCAAGUUCUAUUAGGAAAAUAAAUCAUAUUUACAUAUCUA